GGAUUUUAAACAAAUAUUGUCCGUGAAGGAGAAAACCGGAGAAAACCUGCUCAGACCUGCGCUGUGGAUUGUGGGAAAACACAGUUGUUUCAAGAUGGCGGCGAGCAGGAGGCUGUCCAAGGAACUAGAUGAGAUUCGUAAAGCUGGAAUGAAAAACUUCAGAAACAUUCAAGUGGAGGAGUCUAACCUUUUGUCAUGGCAGGGGCUCAUAGUUCCAGACAACCCUCCCUAUGACAAGGGUGCAUUCAGGAUUGAAAUCAUUUUUCCCACUGAGUACCCUUUCAAACCCCCCAAGAUCACAUUCAAGACCAAGAUCUAUCACCCCAACAUUGACGAGAAGGGGCAGGUGUGCUUACCUGUAAUCAGUGCAGAGAACUGGAAGCCAGCAACCAAAACUGACCAGGUGAUUCAGUCCCUCAUUGCGCUGGUGAACGACCCCCAGCCGGAGCAUCCUCUGAGGGCGGACCUAGCAGAAGAAUAUUCAAAGGACCGUAAAAAAUUCUUGAAGAAUGCUGAAGAGUUUACAAAGAAACACGGUGAAAAGCGGCCAAUGGACUGACCAUCUGACCCAUGCAUAGCCCUGUCUCUUUCUCUCUCGCUUUCUGUUUCUCUCUCUGCCCUCCCCCACCCCCCCAAACUCAGCAACUGUCCCUCGUGUUGUCUCCCUCACCCUGUCCUCUCCCCUCUGUCCAACACCAGUCCUCCCGGCAGCCCAGGAGCAGCGGCAGCUUUGGCCUUCCUCCCACUGACCUCCCACGUCCGGCUCGUUUCCAGUGUUCAAAUCUGUUAAUUUAAAAAGCUAGCAGAGGUAGUGUUCACAUGAAUGAGGACUUUUCUCUCAGCGUAAUGUUGAGUUCUUUAGCUCUCACUUAACAGUUCAGGAAAAUGGACGUUUUGUUGAGCAGCACCACUGGGUGGUUAUUUUCUUUACAGCUGUUGAAGCAGAUUUUGACCCCAGAGUUGAUUAAAAAGGAGUCAUUCAGGAUGCACGUCCCAAUGUAUUAUUAUUUAAAAAAAAAAAUUGUCACGAGUUCAGAUGGCUGAAUUAUCUGAAAACCGCUGACCCUGUUUGUUGUCUUAUUUCUGAUGGCUGCUGUCAUUUCCUUUGGGUUUUUCCACCUUCAGAGGCACCUGCUGUUUAUUGGUUAAUUUGACCUUAAUGUGCAUGUUGCUUCUCCCACGAUUGGGCACCCUGCUCCCGGCAUCCAUCAUCACACAGACGUAUUCCAGCGACACUUAGACUCGCCAGCUGCUCGUGUGAAGGUGGACCAGGACCCAGCAAGCUGGAAUGAAGCAGUCCACGAACCGAGUGCACUGAGGGCUGGUUGUCCGGGAAGGUGGCUGGGUGUGUGUGUGUGUGUGUGUGGGGGGGGGGGGUUUUGGGGGGACCAAAAAUAAACCCACCGUGGCCAAAACACCACCUUGUAACAGCUGUGUGACCUGGUCCAUGUUGUUUGAUAAUAAAGAUGACAAACCAUUUAGGCUGGCUGUGCCUCAUCAUU